CCCUCUCUUCCCAGCCUUUUUGGGGAGGGGCUCUCCGCGCUCGGGGCAGUUCCCGAGGGCCGCCGGCACCGCGCUCGCGCUUCUAUUUCGCCGUCACCUGGAUAUAAUUGCCCGGCGAAGCUGCCCCCAGGAUGACCACGCUGGCCGGAGCCGUGCCCAGGAUGAUGCGGCCGGGCCCGGGGCAGAACUACCCGCGCAGCGGCUUCCCUCUGGAAGUGUCCACUCCCCUGGGCCAGGGCCGCGUCAACCAGCUCGGUGGCGUGUUUAUCAACGGCAGGCCGCUCCCCAACCACAUCCGCCACAAGAUCGUAGAGAUGGCCCACCACGGAAUCCGGCCCUGCGUCAUCUCCCGCCAGCUGCGCGUGUCCCAUGGCUGCGUCUCUAAGAUCCUCUGCAGGUAUCAGGAGACCGGCUCCAUCCGCCCCGGUGCCAUCGGCGGCAGCAAACCCAAGGUGACAACGCCUGAUGUGGAGAAGAAAAUUGAGGAGUACAAAAGAGAGAACCCGGGCAUGUUCAGCUGGGAAAUUCGAGACAAAUUACUCAAGGACGCUGUCUGUGAUCGGAACACCGUGCCCUCAGUGAGUUCCAUCAGCCGCAUCCUGAGGAGUAAAUUCGGGAAAGGGGAAGAGGAGGAGGCUGACCUGGAGAGGAAGGAGGCAGAGGAGAGCGAGAAGAAGGCGAAACACAGCAUCGACGGCAUCCUGAGCGAGCGAGGUAAGCAGCGGCGCGCUCCGGCGGCGCGCGGAGGGCCGACUCCUAGGCCGCGUCCGCGCUCAGACGUCGGGGGCCAGAGCGCCGGCCAGCCCGGGCCCGUGUCAAGCGCGCUGACUCGGUGCGCUCAGGCCCUUGCGCCCCGGCGCGCACUAGACGCUGUGCAGCCCUCCUGGGUCCAUCCUUCCAGCGCCUUUGAGCGGGUGGAAGGAGAAAGUUGGGAGGCCGGGGACAGCAAACCGACCUCACCCCCACCCCCACCCCCACGCCGCCUGGUCCCGGCCCUACGGCCAGCACCGAGAUCCGAACAGGCUCAGUCGGAGGAGCCAAGCCCCGGUCGCAGCAUCGGGGGCUGUGGGCAUAGACUCCGCCGCGGCCACUCAAUGGAAGCCUCUGUUCCUCCCCCAGCGCGGCCGAGCGGGCCCGCGGGCGCCGUCACAAUGUGUCGGCCCCCACUCCUGCGCCCUGCGCCAAAGCGCCGCGCCGCGCCGCCCCCUCCCCUGCGCUCCGGCCGGCUCGAAGCUUAG